CCAGAGGCAGGGAGAGAAAAUGAGCAUAGAUGCAAAAUUGGGCCAGGCAGAACUGGAACUCCUGGAAAGCAGAGGUGCCAUGAAUGCUGACGAUGAUGCUAAGUGGUUGGAGUGGGUGUCGCACCAGUUUGAAAUCAUUGCUGGAGAAGAUCGGGAGAUUGACCUGCAAGAGUUUAAGACAGCGUUGAAAGUGAAAGAGUCCUUCUUUGCAGAGAGGUUUUUUGCCCUGUUUGACUCUGAUGGAAAUGGCACUAUCACUCUGCAAGAGCUUCUAGGGGCUCUGAAUCUACUUAUCCAUGGGAAUACAAUGGACAAACUCAAAUUCCUCUUCCAUGUGUAUGACGUGGAUGGCAGUGGAUCCAUUGAUCCAGAUGAGCUUCGUACAGUGUUGCAGUCUUGUCUGAAGGAGAGUGCCAUCUCCCUGCCAGAGGAGAAGCUGGAUGACCUCACUCUAGCCCUUUUUGAAUCAGCUGACAAAGACCAUAAUGGUUCUAUCACCUUUGAGGAACUCCAGGAGGAAUUAACCAAUUUUCCUGAAGUCAUGGAAAAUUUGACCAUCAGUGCAGCCAAUUGGCUGAAGCCUCCGUCCUCCAAGAAAAGGCCACAGAUGCCCCGCCACUUGACCUUAGCAUACUGGCAUAACAACAGUGGCAAGCUGGCUAUUCUGUCAGCCUAUAUUGGGCUCAACAUACUGCUCUUCACUCUGGCAGCCCUGAAGCACCAGUCGUUUGGAGUCAGCAUCAUGGUUGCCAAAGGCUGUGGCCAAUGUCUGAACUUCAACUGCAGUUUCAUUGUGGUUCUGAUGCUGCGGCGUUGUCUCACAUGGCUGAGGGCCACAUGGUUGGCCAGAGUUUUCCCACUGGACCAGAAUGUUGAAUUCCACCAGCUCAUUGGCUACGUGGUAGUUGCAUUUACACUCAUACACACCAUUGCCCAUGUGGUCAACUUUGUGCGCUUGGCUCAAUUAGUGGACAAUCCCUUCCAAUUCUGGGAAUAUCUCCUCACCACUCGGCCUGGCAUUGGCUGGGUCCAUGGCACAGCUUCCCUCACAGGCAUUGUUCUGCAGCUUCUCAUCCUCAUCAUGCUUGUAUGUUCCUGUCCCUUUGUCCGGAGGAGUGGGCACUUUGAGGUAUUCUACUGGACCCACCUAUCCUACAUUCUUAUCUGGGUGCUGCUCAUCAUUCAUGGACCCAGUUUCUGGAAGUGGCUGCUGGUCCCUGGUCUCUUAUUCUUCCUGGAAAAAGGUGUGGGGCUGGUGUUGUCCCACAUGGCAGCCCUAAGUAUUGUGGAAGCCAACCUCCUUUCCUCCAAGGUCACUCACCUUGUGAUUAAGCGGCCCUCUUUUUUCAGCUAUAAGCCCGGAGACUACGUGUAUUUGAACAUCCCAGCUAUUGCCAAGUAUGAAUGGCAUCCUUUCACCAUCAGCAGUGCUCCAGAGCAAGAAGAUACCAUCUGGUUGCAUGUCAGAUCUCAGGGUCAAUGGACAAAUAGACUGUAUGAUUACUUCAAGGCUUCUGAUCCCAUCUGUUUUGGUACCAAGAGACUGACCCAGAACCUGAAGCUCAGAAAAAGUCAGAGAAUGCCCCAGGAAACCAAGGUCCACAUCUUAAAUACUCAUUCUGCUAGUACAACUCAAGGAAUACUGGCCUCUAACAUGGAGAAAACAGUGGAACUGAUGUCCUACAAUCCUGAGAAACUGACCCAGAAAAAGGAGGAAGACCUUAUUGAUUGUGGAAAAGAGAGAGAAGAGAAGCCUCAGCCAAGAAGUGUCUUACCUCUGUUAAAUGAAAACCAACGAUUAUGUAACAUCAAGUGCUACCUGGAUGGUCCUUAUGGGACUCCAACCCGACGGAUCUUUGCUUCUGAACAUGCAGUGUUGAUUGGGGCUGGCAUCGGCAUUACUCCUUUUGCCUCUAUUCUGCAGAGCAUCAUGUACAGGUACCAAAAGAGAAAACAAAAUUGUCCCAACUGCCAUUAUUCGUGGUAUGAAGAUGUCAAGAAUGAUGAGAUGAAGCUGAAGAAGGUGGAUUUCAUUUGGAUCAACCGGGACCAGAGGUCAUUUGAAUGGUUUGUGAGUUUGCUGACCAAGCUUGAGAUGGAUCAGGUCAAAGAGGAGCCAGGAGGCCAUUUCUUGGAGUUGCACAUGUACAUGACUUCAGCCCUGGGCAAGAAUGACAUGAAGGCCAUUGGCCUACAGAUGGCACUUGACCUCCUUGCCAAGAAAGAAAACAAAGACUCUAUCACUGGGCUGAAGACAAGGACCCAGCCAGGGAGACCAGACUGGAACAAAGUGUUCCAAAAGUUGGCUGCUGAAAACAAGGGCAAAGUCCAGGUCUUCUUCUGUGGAUCUCCAGCUCUGGCCAAGGUGCUGAAGAGUCACUGUGAACUGCUCAACUUCAGAUUUUUCAAAGAGAAUUUCUAAUCUCCUACCCUGCCAGCUCUUUCUUCCUAGGAUUUGGAAAACUGCCAUUUCUGGAGGUGUCAUUUAAUAGCGAUUUAUUAUUAUUAUUGCAUGUCAAAACCUAUCAUUCUGAUCAAACUUAAGGUCACAUAGACUACUUUAAAGGACAAAGAUAAGAGCAGAGGUAUUAAUGCUCAUCUCCAAAAUUUAUGUUGUCCUGAUGGAACUGAAGAGACCAAUAGCAGAUGGAUAUCCUUUGGUGCACAAUAUGGGAAAAAACAUAUUCUUCAAUGUUUGUAUUCUAGAACUUCGAAGGGCUGUGAUAUUUGUUUCUCAAUUAUCUCAGGCUAAAGGCUAGCUGGGAUGAGAAGAUUAUAUAUGUACAUAUUGGCAAAAACAUUUGCAGGGAGUAUCUCAGGGCAAUUUUAUCUUUUAAGGUAGGCUUUAGAGAGACCCUCCCCCCAAAUUCCUAAUGUGUGCCUAACUCAAUGUCCCCCAGAGAAAAACAGAUAGACAAUUGGAAAGGUAUUGUCAAUUCACAUGAAGAAACUUUCUCUACUUCUCUGUAUGUUGUUUACUAUCUUUUUCCUCUGCAUCUUUCCAUGUAUGUCUUUUUCUGUCUCUCUGUCUCUCAUAUUUUUAGGACUGUCUUUCUCCUUUUCUCUUUCUUGAUAGGGAGCAUCAUAAUGUAGGGAAGAGUUUUGAACUUGCAGCCAGGAAUACCUGGGUUUCAAUGUCACUUUUGAAAAUUACUGGUGAUAUGACUCAGGGCAAGCAGAAUAAUCUAAGUCUGAGUCUCUCAUUAUAAAACAGUAAAUCUCUCUUAUAGGAUAUUGUGAGGAUCAGAUGAGAUAUUGCAGAGAAAGCUCUUUGCAAAACCCAAAACAUUAUAGUCACCUCUCUUUUUCCUUUUACUGAUUGGAAAACUGAGCCCUAAAAGCAUGAAGUGAGAAGCCCAAGCUGACACAGCUAGUGAAAUCCUGGGAAUGUCCAUGCCCAUCAAAUUCAGCGAAACUCAGAACAACACUUGAAAGAUUGUCAAAAGAUCAAAAUCUGAAGGUUUUUUCUGGAAUUCUCUUCCUUGGGAUUUUCAGAUAUGUGAAAGAGUCCCUAGGAGAAAAUUUCAACAGGAAGAGCUCUACUCACAGUAUUCAACACACACAUAAACACACUUUUACAUUUUUUUCCUUUUUUUUUUUUUAGAGGAUCUAUGAUUUAUAUGGGGUUAGAGAGUUCUCCAUGAGGAAACUCCCCUACUAAUGCAGUUCAGGAACUAUUCUGUAACCUAGAGUCUUAGAGGGCUCCCUAGGGCCUUAGAAGUCACAAGCAUGUUGUCUGUGUGAUUCUGAGGUGAGAUUUGAACCUAGACUCCCUUAUAGCUCUCUUUAUUUUAUCAUGCUUUCUACUCCCAGUGAUAUAUAUAUAUAUAU